AUGUCGUCUUCGCAGGGCCUAUCAUUCGAAUUCCGCUUCGGACAGCCUGACGCAACAAACACACCCAAGCCCAGAUUCAUGCCCAAGCCGCUGCGUCCAAGAAAGCAGCGCGGUCAGGACUACGACCCUAGCCUGACUGCUAACAUGGGCCCACCUGACAUGAACACGUUAGCAGAGUCUUUCAACACGAUCACCCAGCAACAACAUCCCAGCACAGAAGAGAAGGGAGUCAGUGAAGCAUACUCGAGGAAGAUCAACUGUCAGCUCAUCAAAGAACAUAUACAGGACAUAUGCACGUUCUUUGAUCCCACGGAUCAGAUGUCAAAUCUCAACGCCGAUGCGCUUGCAGCUUCCUGGGAGAUAAGACUUUGGGAUGUCUCAUUCGGGCACACUGACAGGGUCUCUGCAUAUAUCAAGAGCGUCGACGCUGCCGACAAGGAUCUGACAAAGUGGAUCACGCACUGGGAAUCAGCUGAAGACGACAGCUCAGACGAGCGGACUGGCCGACAGUUCUUUGUCGACCAUAUCGAAAAGUAUCACGCGCACCAGCUCCAAUACACCACGCACACCGGAUCGUUGAGCAAACCUGUGUCUACCGAAGACGAGCAUCGUCAAGCUUUGCGCAGACUCCUCGCUGACGAGCUUGAAACGAUGAAAGCUAUACUUCCCAUGUCCCACCCGCUAUCGAGCUUCGACAUCGCACAGGUCGUUCACAAAUGGGAGGGCGAGAACUGGAUCGCGGCCUGCGAGCAAGUUUUCAAUGUUUUCGAGCAUGUUGAGCAUACUGAAGGAGAAUGCGAAACUCUACAUCUUUGGGCUGAAUAUAGGAAUGGUUACCCUGAUGAGGACAUCAAUAUGACCGGCGAAGCUAGAUUUUCCGACUUCAUACGACAACGUCUUGAAACAGGAGUUUCCGGUACAUCCACCCAACACGAUGACAGGCAAGAGACGCGCCGCUCCAUUGAUGAAUCAUACACCAGCGAUAACGACAGUGAUAUCGGUUCGGAAGAUGAGUAUGAGGACGAGGAAGAAGGCUAUGCGACGAAGAAGGCUUAUCUCAAGGACUGUGUGGCCAAGUAUCUGCCUUACUAUACGAAUAAUCCGGAUAACAUCAUCGAUCGAUGGCAGGAGAAGCUUCUUCUACAGGCAAGAGAGAAAGGUGGUGGCUUCGACAAUUACAAAGAAAGCCUGUACGACGACUUGGAUACCGUGGAAACCUGCCGUGAUAGUUGGGACAUGGUUGUUCAGAACACUGGAAAGACAGGCCACUCGUUAUUCAGCGAGCUUAUCGAAGAAUGCUCAGAAGAGGCUAUUGCUGAACUGAGAAAUCGAGUGAAGCAAAAGGAAGAACAAUGUAGACACGAGCGUCUACUGAACUCUGAAGAGUUCAACGAGUCCCUCGAUGUCCAGGAUCAGAAGCGAAGGGAACACCGGACGACACUUCGAACUUUAAUCGAUGACGCCAAAACGAAUAUGGGCAGCUCGCACGAGCUGUCAGACAUUCAACUCACCACACUAGCGGCGCAUUGGGAGACACGGCUCUGGACUGAUGAAUCCGAUUACUACAAGUACCUUGACAAGCUGGAUCACUUUGAGAUGGAUCUGAUGGAGUGGACGACGAAUUGGCAGCUUUUGCACGAGAAUGAUAUGACUGGCGAGCAGAACUUUAUUGGGUACGCUCAUCGCAAUCCCGAUCGAUCGGUUUUGCGGUGCGAACUACGUUGUGCCCUCGACUCAAUUUCCGGCAAACUCUUACCAGAAGAUCCAUUGGCCGGCUUCUUUACUCGAACUGUAGCUGAAACCCGAGAAGAAGAUAUUUGGGUCAUUGCUGAAGAAUCUAUGGUCGAACAAAUUAGGCUUGUCCGGGAAGAGUGCACAAUGUUGUACCGGUGGUGUAAACAUUGGACCAACGUCUGCGACCAGGAUCUCACCGGAGAGGAAAACUUCCGUCAAUACUAUGGUCAACAUCUUGGAACGGAUUGUCUACCUGAUCGUAGCCCAGGUGAUCAUGGCCUCGAUUCGCAAACCGCCGACGAGUUAUUUGACCUGGCUGGAGGCAACGACACGGCAUCGAAUGACAGCGAAGACGACGCUAGAGGCAGCGGGCUGUCUGAUGAGUUCCUCGAAGAUGAAAACCAGGAGCUCGUAUCUCCACGCUCCCCAAAUUACGACGACAGUGGCGAUGAUGAUGAUGCCGGUGCAAGUAUCUCAUGCGACACUGAAGAUCAGUCUGGCAAUCAGUCCGCUGGUCCCAGUGUGCCUCACGGUUGUUCGUCACUUCCUUCGUCCCAAUCUCAAGCAGCAGAAUCUGUUGAAGAAACAGAGCCUAUGCAGAUAGAUGAUCCAGCUCACCAGCAAGAUACGGACAUCUCUCAAAAAACUUUAGUCAGCGCCAAUCAGCCUUCGGUAGGCAACAACACCAGCACUUCUGGGGUCGCAACCGCUGCGGUAACGUAUCCUGGAUCCCUGCCGAUUGCACCUUCCCCAGACUCCAAGGCUUCUCACGUACAAGACGAUACGGCCAUGGAUGGUGUUUCUUAUCACCUGCUGUCGCAAGAGGUGGAGAUGUCGGAUAAUGAUUCUAACUUGACUGUCCAAAAAGAGGCGGUGGACACAAUGCCCGCCGGAGGACUCGCGACCAAUCCUGCAGCACGAAUGAAAGAUACGGAAAUGUCUGGAGCCGAUUUCUCCCAAACAUGGAAAGACAUCAGCGAGCGGUCUGAGCCUCUUAUUAUGGUUUCCACCGGAAAUCCCGCUGGCCCUUUUGACACAUGUGCUACUGCAUCGAACCAGUUCUGGUCUACUCCUCAGACUUCCAACCGCCCAGCGUUGCCUAUUAAGAAUGAGUCAACGUCUCAUGGUUCCAUAUUUGAUACGAAAGGCUUGAGCUUCCAGGCACCGACAACUACCAGUAUCACCCCGCCUGGUGUUGCGAUGAGCGAGCCGGAUGUGCCUCGAACCACUCCACAGUGUCCAUUGUUGUUGGCUCAGACUGUUGAAGGAAAGCUGGAUGAGCCAUUGAUCACCCCCGUAGAGGUCGGAUGUAAGACUGUAUUCCCCAACGUUUCUCAAGACGACGUCGAAACGGACGGCAAAGCUCAUGUAGCUAAGAAGCCGAAGUCUGCUGAAGCCAAGACCACGUUGUUAGCCCCUGCAGUAUUAGCUGCACCCCAAGCAACUUCGGCUUUCACUUUCAAGCCCCCUAAGGGCAGCUUUGUACCAACGCUUCCGUCCGGUUUUGACGCUGGAAGCUGGAGUGGUGGUUUUGACUUUAACCCUCCAGCAGAAGAUGACAUUACUAGGGCUGUGUCUUCUUCGGGCGAGGUUAAAAGCAUUCCAAAGACCACUCAAAAUCAAGAGCCUGUGGUUGACGAGUCUAUUGAUCAUGCUGGAGCUGACAACAGCGACGAUGCCUUCGGCUCUGCCCUGAUAGAAGUCAAUGUCGAUCCCACGAGCGAUGCAGAAGAAACAGGGAAAGAGUCACUGGUCGCUCAGAAUGAGUCUCCCAGCACCAAAAACCUCUUGGAUGUUAUGUGUACUCGCCUAGCCAAGCUUGCCGGCUUUGCUUCGCAGGCCGCGGAAGUGGACGCGAUGAACGCGGAAGCCGACGAGCGCGAGCGGACUGAGCUACUACAGUCCACCGUCGAAGAUGGUGAAGGGAAAUUCGAAGAGAAACCCGAAAAGGAAUCCGAAGAUUGCUCUAACCAGAUCAGGAAGAUCAGUCUCGCUGUUCGAGCAUGUGAUGACUACUGGCUGGAUGCGAACUCAAGCGACAAUGCUCCUCCUGCCUUUGUCAAAGUAGCUGAAGGUCUUCGUACCAUAGCUGCUCAGAUCACAGACGAAGGUGACUGGAGUAGUCCGUCGGCUUUGAGCAAGAUUGAAGCUCUGUCGGCGAAAUGGCAAGCGUUUAUCGAUACUAUCAAAGCCUUCAUCAAUAUCACAACAUACUUCCACCCCGACUACGAUUACCGCUUCGAACGAUCGGCAGAGCAAUAUCGCUCAGAUGUCGAAAUGGUAUCGGAAUACGAAACCUUGAGCCGAUUGCCGGGUGCUCCAGACCUUUGGCGGAGGGAGGCCAACAAGCGGCGCGAUUCAAGAGACAACAAAACAAAGUCCAUCAAGAAUGAGAUCCAUAAAAUGAGAGAUCUCUAUCAAGGAUACUACGAUACUCUUGAGGCACUGCAGGUGAACAUUGACAGCGAAGCGAUGAAGAAGUUUGCAGAUGAGACACUGGUUGACUUUCACGCGAAGAUUGUGAGGGUUACUGAGGCAUUCGACUUGCAUUACAUGGGGUUUCUUUCAACUCUCCAACCCGCUCAGAUGCGGCGGAGGUGUUGA